CCCUCCAUCUGAGGUGUUGUGAGAAGAACAACCAAGAGGUGGCUCGGAGCCCACCAGCCCACAACUCUGAGCAUUGGCAUGUGAGGGGUGGGCAGGGUGACAGCAAGCUUUCCUCUUGCCUUCCCCGGAGAUUUGAGAUCACGCAUAGACCAUGAAUGGAUCAUUUUUCAACCAGGCUCUCCUAGAGCAGGGAGCUUACCCCAACAGGACCCAGGGUUUGGGGAUGCUCAUGGCCUGCUGCAACGGGACCGGCGCAGUGCUGGCGACUGAUGGCGGCUCCUCAGUCCUGGCACCUGAUGAGAGGAGCCUUUACAUCACACGUGUGGUGCAGAUCGCUGUCCUCUGUGUCCUCUCCUUGACUGUGAUGUUUGGCAUCUUCUUUUUGGGCUGCAACUUGCUCAUCAAGUCGGAGAGCAUGAUUAACUUUUUGGUGAAGGACCGAAGACCUUCCAAGGAUGUGGGAGCUGCAAUCAUGGGACUUUACUGAAGCCACCGGCCAUUUUUAGGCAAGUGAACUGUCUGGACCUGGUGCUGAGAUGCAGAUUCCCAUGUGUUUGGGGCAGCUGGGGGGGGAGUGGAAAGGGAGGAGGGUUCUUUUAAUGUAUCUGUGUCAAUGGGAAAGC